AUGGAACCUGACAAUGAUACAAAUUUAUCCUUUCAGUAUUACCCUUUGUACUCUUUAUUUGAAGAGGACCUGUUGUACCCUUUAUAUAAAGAAAAUUUGAUAAGCAAAACUCACCCAUUCGGUAUCAAACCAAAUAAUGGUUUCAAAACAAAUAAUGCCAUUAAUGGUUCAAUUAUCAAAACUCCCAAAGAUAUUCAUGAAGAGGAAAGUGAACACAAGAACACAGAAGAUGAUAUAGAUGAAUUUGGGAGGUUACAAUUAUAUGUAGGUAUGAAAUUUGACACAUGGAAACUCACUAAAUCUCACCUUGUGGAAUAUGGAAAACAAGAAGGAUUUUGUCUUCGUAAACAAUGUCACGUUCCUGAUCUAGUUGACAAUAGUAUAACCUGUCGCCGUACUUUUGAAUGCUUUCAUGCACAUAUACAUGAAGCUGAAAAGACCAUUUUAAUGGAGAAUAGAAGAAAUAAGGAAUCAGGGAUAAUUGAUUGUUCCUGGCACAUUAAUUUAUCAUUCCCUAAAAUAGAACAUAGAAUUAAAAUAAACACUAUUGUAGGUAAACACAACCACCCAAUGAACCCUCUUAUUGUGGAAACAGCUCCAAGGUUCCGUCGUUUAACUGAUGAAAUGUGUGAAAAAAUUAAAUUCUGGACUGUUCAAGGAAAAUUAGAAAUGGCAACACAAAUUGACCCUGAUGAAAGAAGACUAACGGUAUUAUUCUGGAUGUUCCUGGCCCAAAUACGUGCUUAUGAAAGGUUUCAUGAUGUUAUUGUUAUUGAUACAACAUCAAAGACAAACCAAUUCGAUAUGAUUCUAUUUAUAGUUAUGGCUAUUAAUAAUAACUUUAGAAAUUUAAUAGUGGCUGCGGCACUUAUAGAGGAUAAAACUGAAGAAACAUUUACCUAG